GAUACUUUGUGUCCGUGUAAAUUUUUGUUAACUCACCAAACUUAUGUAGCAUACCCUUUCUCUUUUUGUCGAAGUGCUAAAUUUACCUCUCCGCUGCUCUGCUUCUUGCUCUGCCGGAUCGAUUUUAUGCUGACCGAGAGUAUAUGGUAGCUUGAUUAGGCUUCAAUCCCGAUGGAUCCAGAUGAAUCUGGGAAUAAGAUUGCAAGAUAUGACGAUAAAUUGUUGGACUUUUUUUCAAUUCUGCCUGAAUCUGUUAUUCAUCACAUAUUGUCAUUCCUUCCUUUCAAACACAUCGUCCGUACUUCUGUGUUGUCAAAGGCCUGGAAUCGCACUUGGUUGAAUUACCCUAACAUCGAUUUAGACUUUGACAAAGAGGUGAACAUUUUCAAUGUUCAGAUGUUCUUUGAACAAUGUCUGUUUCGAAAGGGAUGCAUACAGAAAAUGCAUAUGCAUAUCCCUGUCUUCAAACUAGAGUGGUAUCCCCCGUUAUUGAUCUUUUCUGUGUGGCAGCCAUUAAAAUGAAUGUUUCCGAGCUAGUUAUUAAGGUUCAGUGGGCUGAUCCUAGAGAUAGUUGGUAUUCGAUUCCCCCAGAAUUAGUCAUUUAUGAUUCACUAAGGGUUUUAGAUCUUGACGGGUGUACAUUUGGGGAUAGGAUUUCUUGCAUUGAUUUACCACAUCUGCAGAAGUUGAAGCUCUAUACGUGCCGAUUUGCGAGUGAGAAUGUGUUGCCUAAGAUUCUAUGUGGCUGCCCUGAGAUGGAGUUUCUUCAAGUUUCAAGUUGUGAGGGCGUGGGGAGUUUUCUCUCCAUUCCGUGUAGGUCUAGAUUGAAAUAUUUUAGGAUUGGGUGUUAUGAUGAAUUGGAAAGGCUUGAGAUUUUAGCACCAGGUCUUGAAACAUUUUAUUGUUCUGUGAAACGUGGGUGUUCUGUUGACCUGAUUGGUUGCACUGCUCUGAAACAUUUGGAAUUGCAUUCAGCUUCCCUUUCUGCUGAGUAUGUUCAUCGUCUAAAGUCUAAACUCUUGUGCAUUGAAGAAUUGAAACUUCUUCUUUGUCGAGGGAUAGACAAGUUUCAGAUCUCAAGCUCAUGCCUCAAGCGACUAAUCGUUGACGAUUGCGGUGGAUUUUGUGGUGGUGAAAUUGAAACUCCAAAUUUACUUAGUCUACAGUACCGAUCUUUGGACAAAUGUAGAUCAAAAUACUGGUUUAGUUCCUGGAAUGCUCCCAGGGUAGAAGAAGUUCACAUGGUCUUUUUUUAUAAGAACUUUCAGAGUGCUUGCCGGGGUGGAUUAAAGGGAUUUCUUAUGAAGUUGCAGAAUUACGAAGGUUUGAAAUUGGUUAUUGGAUGGAUACAUAAUUUUGGUGGGGGAACUGGGGCGGAUUUCAUAAUGCAUGAGAAACUGAAUGCAGUCUCCUUUUCUUCCCUCAAUAAAUUUGUAAAAAGGGCAAAUCCCACAUAUGUCCUCAUAUCGUCUAGAAGCGAUGACAGUCUCUUUCACAUGUUGGAUAUUUGCAGCGGCUCUAAACAUCUGUCCCUAAUAUCUUCUUCUCGUUGCAGCAUAGAGAGGCUGCAUAAAAAGCUGAGCAACAGCCAAGAAAUAAUGUAUUGGCAUAGUGAGGUUCGACUGGUGUCUAUAGAGGAAAUAGAGAAUGAAAUGGACACUGCUUGUAAAUCCUUUGAGAAGACAUAUUCAAACGGUUACCACACUGCUGGAAUCGUCCUCGUUGAGAGAAGUUUUUAGAGAUUUGCAGAGCUUAGCCUGAUUGAUUGGCGGGAAAAUACUCCAUGAUUCUCUGUAAGUUUAUCUUAACAAAAUAUCAAAAAGAGGGAUAAACCAAAGCACAGGGUUCUCACAGCAUAUUGGGAGUUAUAGUGAUCAUUGGCUUGUACACUUCAAUGGGUAAAUUGUAAAGGAUUUAGGAUUGUAUUAUACCGAGUAGUUUUGUUUUUUGUUUUGUUUUUGAAAGCUUUAUUUGCUUGUAAAGGGUAUUGAUAAAUUCAGUCAUGUCACAAAGGAUGUGUGCAAAUUAAGUCAUAUUUUUAAUAAAUCAAACGUAUAUAA